AUGGAAAAUCACAAGAUUCUUAUUUCUAGGAAUGUUAUCCAUGAUGAAAGUUUAUAUCAUUUUAAAGGUCAUAAGGUGUCUUCCCCUCAGGACACUUCUUCAAUUUCCUGUAUGCCUAUCAGUGUUCCUUCAAGUGUAGUUUUCCCCACCUAUCAUACAGAUCCUCCACCACAUAUUGUAUCUUUCGUCUCACCAUCUAGAGCGGAGUUUUCUUAUUCUCAUGCCUCUAAAACUUCUACACCUGCAGUUCCUACUUUGCCAGUUUUAUGUGAAGCUCAGUUGGAAACUUUACUCCCUUAUAUUCCAUCAUCUAGUUCUUCUGAGGUUGUUCUCGACUUAGAUAGUUCCUCCAGCUCUACUACUUCAACUCAUGCUAAUGAUCAUCCUAUGCAAACUCGAGCGAAGUCUGAAAUUAGCAAACACAAGGAUUUCUCAGAUUAUCAUUGUUUUAGUUCGACUUUUCUGCCUCCUUCUGAACUAGAUGAACCUGCCAGUUAUAAGAUUGCCGCUUACUCCUCAGAAUGGACGAAAGCCAUGCAAGAGGAGAUUGCAGCUUUACAUAUGUAA